GGGGACGCCGGGCGCGGCCAGCCAGCCCCGGAGCCAGGCCCGCGGGCAGCGGCGGAGGCGGCGGCGGAGCUGGGUAGGUGGAUGCGGCUGGAAGAUGGCGCCCUCGGGCCCGGGCAGCGUCAGGCGGCGGUGCCGGCGGGUCCUGUACUGGAUCCCCGUGGUGUUCAUCAGCCUCCUGCUCGGCUGGUCCUACUACGCCUACGCCAUCCAGCUGUGCAUAGUGUCCAUGGAAAAUAUUGGAGAACAAGUUGUGUGCCUGAUUGCGUAUCAUCUACUUUUUGCAAUGUUUGUCUGGUCGUAUUGGAAAACUAUCUUUACAUUACCAAUGAAUCCUUCAAAAGAAUUCCAUCUCUCUUAUGCAGAAAAAGAAUUGCUAGAGAGAGAGCCAAGAGGAGAAGCCCACCAGGAAGUUCUUAGGCGAGCAGCCAGAGACCUUCCCAUCUACACCAGGACCAUGUCUGGAGCAAUCCGCUAUUGUGACAGAUGCCAACUUAUAAAACCAGAUCGCUGCCAUCACUGUUCCGUCUGUGAUAAAUGUAUUUUGAAGAUGGAUCAUCAUUGCCCAUGGGUGAACAAUUGUGUUGGAUUUUCAAAUUAUAAAUUUUUCCUCCUUUUCUUGGCUUAUUCUCUGCUGUACUGCCUUUUUAUUGCUGCUACAGAUUUACAGUAUUUUAUCAAAUUUUGGACCAAUGGCCUACCUGAUACUCAAGCCAAGUUCCAUAUUAUGUUUUUAUUCUUUGCUGCAGCUAUGUUUUCUGUCAGCUUGUCUUCUCUGUUUGGCUAUCAUUGUUGGCUAGUCAGCAAAAAUAAAUCUACAUUAGAGGCAUUUAGAAGUCCAGUAUUUCGACAUGGAACAGAUAAGAAUGGAUUCAGCUUGGGUUUCAGUAAAAAUAUGCGACAGGUUUUUGGUGAUGAGAAGAAGUACUGGUUGCUACCCAUUUUUUCAAGUCUAGGUGAUGGCUGCUCCUUUCCAACUUGCCUUGUUAACCAGGAUCCUGAACAGCCGUCUACUCCUGCAGGAUUGAAUUCAUCAUCUAAAAAUCCUGAAAACCAUCAAUUUCCUGCAAAGCCAUUGAGAGAGUCCCAGAGCCACCUUCUUACUGAUUCUCAAUCUUGGACAGAGAACAGCACAAACCUGGGAAAAGGUAAAGCUGGUAUGAGCAAUCCUGCACUUACCAUGGAGAAUGAGAAUUAACUCUUCUAACAAAAUUUACUCAUACUUCACGGAAGUAAUCAGUGCUGUCGAUGGAUGGAAGAGGCUUCCCGCAGGAAGGCACCACUAACUAGCUGUUCCCACGCCCUCUGGCUGGAUAUGCAGAAUGUGAAUUGACCGUUUCUCUCCAAGCUGUUGCUUAAAACAUAACACAUUUUUACUCCAGUGUACAGAUUGUUUCAGCUAACACAGAUUCCUCUUAAACAUUAAAAGUAGUUAUGGUUUAUGAAUCAAGGACAAAAAUAUCUUCUAUCAUAAAAACUUGGAAUAAAUUCAUGGGCCAGUUUUCACCCAGAUAUUUGGGGAGCACAACUUACCACAUAAAAAACCCACUGAUCCUCUGAUUUUCUGAUUCAGAAAAUUGAGACUAUUAAGAUAUUGAGAUUUAAAAGAUUUCACGUAACAUUAUAAUGAUAAGCUUUAUUCGUAAAACCUGUUACCUACCAGAAGGUGGAGGUAGCAGAUGAGACUUGUUUACUCCCUCUGAUGUGAAUCUAGCCUUAGGCUGCGUGAACUGUAAAAACUAUGAAUCAUCACAAGUUUCAAGUGGCCUGCAGUUGAAGAUGAUCAUCCUUUUUUUUUUUUUGCCAGACUUUAAUUCUAGCCUUUGUUCCCUGCUGGAAAAGAAGUGAUCAUUGAAGCUUGAGCUCAACUGGCUGGAAAAUCUUUGUCAGAAUUAAUACAUUUCUAUUACAUCAGAAAUAUAUUUUUCAUUUAUUUUAAUUAUCUGAAAAUGGGGGAAAGUCUAUAAUAACAAUUAUGAAGAUUGGUUUAUGAUAUUCUUUUGCUGGUUUAGCUUUUAAAAGUCUCUUUUUAGGUUAUUCUAUUGAACAUAGCAAACAUUGAAUUUUUGUUAAGAAUCCCUGAUGGGCCAAUGAAUUAAUCCUUCAUUGACAUCUAUAUUAUUUCUUUUUCCUCUCAUCAGAAGUAUGACAGUUAAACUACAUAGGUCCUCAAAUACCUGUUAAGAUUAAAUUAUGCAAAUCAUCAAACAAAAGUCAUAUCCUUUUGGAAAUUUAGUCCCACAGGAACUGAAUGGUGUGCUGUUUGGAAACUGAGUUUAAGAUAAACUACAGUGGUGUGUUUGUUGAUGCCAAAAUGUUCGGCUUCAGUAAAUAUACUAAGAAGCUCUUGUGCCUUCUAUGCACUAUUAAAGAGUCUUAUUCUUUUUUAAUUUGAUGGAGUGCAAGUUUUGUAAAUGUUAGCAAUUAGAAUACGCUGUAUACAUUUUUUUGGUACUGAUUUUGAGAAUUUAAAGCAGAUUACCCUUUAAGACUACACAGCUAAGGAACUGGUAUUUAAACAAAGAGAAAAUGGUAUUAAAGUUUUCAAAAUCUGAAUUAGAUAAACUCAACACAAAGUAGACUAGAAGACCAGCGGAUAAUGGAGUAACAGAUCUUUGCAUUUGCUCAUCCUUGCUAAAAAUAUGAAGUUUUAUAUUAAAUGACUUCAUAAAAGAACCAGUGUCAGCCCAGUCCAUUUUAUAAAUCAUUUGAGUGCAAUUCUUUGAGUAAUAGGAUGGUGGUCUUUUUCAGGUUUUUUUUUUAAACUAAAGAUUUUGAUCUGACAAUCUACUUCAAGAAAACUCGGAAGAUAUGAUACAUUCUUACUUUUAUCCUAAAGCAUUGUUUGGUCAUCGUUUUCAUUACCUGAAGUGCCAGGUUGGAACCUAUAGCUCCUGUUAGAAGUCUUAAGGGCAAGAGCAUCACAUAAUGUAUUCAGAAUUAUAUGCAGCCAGAUGUUUUUCAAAGCACAGUACUAGAGCUGUUUUUACGGAUAGGAUUCUGUUGGGUGACCCCUCCUGUCAAACUAGAAAUUAGGGGAAAAAGAGGGAUUUUUAUUCUUUACCUUGCUAGAGUACUGUUAAUUUCCCCCCUCCCUUUAGCUCUUUCAUGUAAUUAUUCAAAUCCAUAAGUCAAUAUACAUUAGAAUCAGAUGAAAACAUUUUUCAAAAUAAAGUUUUUUUCAUUAAGUUGUAAUGGUUCCCUUUUUGGUUUCAUACAGUGACUAAUCUUUAAAAUGUUUUUUGUUUAGUUUUGUUUUUAACUCUAAGGGGUUAUAAUUUUUGGAGAUGAUGGCAUAUCAUUAGAUUUGCAGUAUAAAUUUUAUCUGAGUGAACAGAGCAUCAAAUAGACCUACGUUUUGUAUAUAUUUAUAAAAUGUACCUUAAAAACACUUUAAACACUUUGCUUUAAAAAAUUUAAUUGCUUAACUCAAACUUGAAGACACUUGAAGUAUGUCCUGACAGUCCAUUAAAUGAUAAUUUUGAUUUUUCCUGUUUUUAGAGAUUAUAUCAUAUAGGUAUCAAUAUUUAAGAAUUUUUUCAUUUAAAAAUGUUGUACAAAUGCUUCAUAUACAUUAGCUAUUUGCCAUUGUGCAGUGAAAGAUUUGUUUUUUUCAAAGAGAAAAAAACUGCAUCUGAAUACAAUGAUGAGACAUUCAAGUAAGUGCUUAUCUAUGAAUUCCCUCCUGUUAUACCAUAAUAAAGUCUGGUUGAUCACCUUU